CCAUUCGGGAGCGGGGGAGGAGCGACCGGCAAAGAGUGGGCACCGGGAGGUGGGUGGGUGGAGUGACGGGCAACGAGCGGAAUUUGUAGAGGAGCGACGGACACCGAGCUGGUGGGGGGUUGGAAAGAGGUUGGGAGACCGCACUUUCUGAGCCGAACACCGUGUGUAAGCAGAGGCACCGAGAGGAUGCAGCCCCCGGGCCGCGUGGCGGUGGAUGUGCGGGUCCAGGACGUGGAGAAACGGAGGAAUCCGAGCAAACACUAUGUUUAUGUUAUUCAAGUGAGCUGGUCAGAUAACACAUCAAGUAUCAUCUACAGACGUUACAGCAAGUUUUUCGACCUCCAGAUGCAGCUUCUGGACAAGUUUCCUGUUGAAGGAGGACAGAAGGAUCCUAAAUUGCGUUGUAUCCCAUUCUUGCCUGGCAAAAUCCUGUUCAGAAGAAGCCAUGUCAGGGAUGUGGCCAUGAAGAGACUGAAACCUAUUGAUGAAUAUUGCAGGUCUCUGGUCCGACUGCCUCCUCUAAUCUCGCAAUGUGAUGAAGUACUCCGGUUUUUUGAGCCUCGCCCAGAGGAUUUGAAUCCACCAAAGGAGGAAUGUGGAGGGAUAAGGAAGAAAUCAGGUUCAGAGGCUGUGUCAGAGCCCAUGGUUUUGGAUCAGUAUAUGGUGGUCGCCAACUAUGAAAAGCAGGAGAACUCUGAGAUCAGCCUAAAGGCAGGAGAAGUGGUGGAUGUUAUUGAAAAAAGCGAGAGUGGCUGGUGGUUUGUCAGUACAGCAGAGGAGCAGGGCUGGGUCCCAGCCACAUAUCUAGAAGCACAAAAUGGAACCCGAGAUGACCUGGACAUCAGCACUACAAGAGCUGGAGAAGUCACUAAGAGACGCAAAGCCCAUCUGCGGCGGCUGGACCGGAGGUGGACUCUGGGAGGAAUGUGUAACCGCCAACAAAGCCCAGAGGAGAAGUACAUCACUGUACAGCCAUAUGUCAACCAGGGCAAAGAUGAGAUUGGCUUUGAGAAAGGCGUAGUGGUGGAGGUCAUACAGAGGAAUCUGGAGGGCUGGUGGUUCAUCAGAUAUCAAGGCAAAGAGGGAUGGGCACCAGCAUCUUAUUUAAGAAAAGUGAAGGAUGAUCUUACUCCAAGAAAAAAGCCUCUUACUGGGCCAGUAGAGAUCAUUGGAAAUAUAAUGGAGAUCAGUAACCUACUGAACAAAAAAUCAUGCAGUGAAAAAGAUGUUCAGACAGAAAACGAAUCUAAUUUUUAUGAUCAUCCUCCACUCACGGCAAAGGAAAUCAGUCUUCCACUGCCUUGCGAACAGACAAAUGGUGAUGCAACUGUAUUGACGACAGUAGAGAAAAGACUCGGCCGAGGAGCUUCAGGGUCUCCGGCUGUUGCCCGGGUCGCUCCACAGAGGGCAAACAUUGGUUCCCCAAACUUAAGACAGAAACCACCACCACGCAGAGAAACUAGCCUGGGAUUCCAGCUGCCCAAGCCUCCAGAGCCACCUGCUGUUGAAGUGGAGUACUACACCAUUGCUGAAUUCCAAACACACAUUGCUGAUGGGAUCAGCUUUUGUGGAGGGCAAAAAGCUGAGGUCAUUGAGAAAAAUUUAGGUGGCUGGUGGUAUGUACAGAUUGGGCAGCAGGAGGGUUGGGCACCAUCUUCAUACAUUGACAAGAGGAAAAAGCCAAAUCUGUCCAGAAGAAGCAGCACACUAAUCAGACCAAAAAUCCCUCCACCUGCACCACCCACCAAAAGCAAGCCAAAUUCUGAGGAAACAGGUCAAGGAAAUAACAGCGAAUGCAUGCAACAAAAGCCCAAGUUUGAGGAACCAGAGUAUGAUAUUCCGGCUGCAAUCUUUGACCAUGAGCCUGAGACCAGCAUGAAUUUAGUUGCUGAUGAGCAGGCUAAAGAGGAUUCAGUUGAUCAGGACCAGCCAGAGUCCAGCCAGCAACAAAGCAAACCAUGCCCAUUAUCCACGCUGCGAAAAGCCCGCUUCAAAGUAGGUGAAUCUUCAGAAAGCUUGUUCCGCGAUGACCAGCUUGUCUAUCCUCCCAGUGAUAAGGAAUGCAACCAAGGAGGGAGUAGCAAUAGUUUAAUAUGUAAUCAGGUUUGUGAAACUAUUACUCAGGUUGAUGCUGCAGUGUCAGCAUCAGAGACCAGCUGUUCACCAAAAUAUAUUUCACCAAAACACUCUCUAAAAAACCUUCAGUUAAAAUCUGAGAAGAAAACUGAUGCUAGGAAAGACCAGGAUCCUGAAAAUAGUGGAGACAAUUCCUGCAAAUCCAUCUCUGAUAUCGGUGACUGCACCACACAGAAAGUUGUCUCAAAAAAAGACAAGGAGAUAUCUGAAACAAACGCGCACAUAGAACAGAAAGCUGCUCUUAGUCCCAUAACUAGGCCAAAGCCUUCUGUGAGACCAAAGCCUUUACUGGUGAAGCCAGAAGCACAGAAUAUGGAGAUCAGCACCAUCAGGCGCCAACUUAGGCCUACAGGACAGUUGAAACACAACUCAAAAGGGAUAAAGAUUGAUGAUGCAGAAACUAUCUCAUUGACAUCAUCUGAAAAUUCAGAAGAUUCUUUCACUAAAAGUACAGUGGAUCUUUCUACAAAUGCAUCACUCAGCCAGGUGGGACUGGGCCCAGCAAAACCCAGUGAUCAGGAAACAGAAUCACUGUGUCAGUAUAAGACAGUAGAUAAAUAUGAAAAAGUUCAGGACAAUGAAAUCAGUUUUCCAGCCGGAAUAAUGGUUGAGGUUCUAGAAAAACAAGACAGUGGUUGGUGGUUUAUUAGAAUUGGAGACGAUGAGGGAUGGGCCCCAAUCUUCUACUUGGAGCAUGUUAGUGGCAGGCCAGCAGAGGGCCUUGGAGAGUCUGUAACUCCGAGUAGGGACAGGUCAGUGAAUGAAAACCAACUCAACAAUGUAGAGAAAGUGGACAAGAAGGUUCAGGCAUUAAAUAACAUCAACUUUGGUCUAAAGCGAGUUACACCCCCAAUUCCUGCAAAACCUCCUGGAGGGUUUGCAAGACUAGGAGGAAAUAUGAAUGGUUCAGUAAAAAUGAGAAAUGGGUUGAAACAGGUAGCUGUGAGGCCACAAUCUGUAUUUGUUUCCCCUUCGAGCAAAGAAAGUAACAGCCUAGCUGCAUCACUGAGGAGGAAUGAAUCUAUGAUGUGUCAUGAGAAUAUCAAGUCUACAGUGAAUAUCCGCCGUAAUGCAUCUUUCAACAAUGUCCGGUUACGAAAGAAGAAUGAGGAGUCUGACUCUAUACACUCUGUGGCAAUGUCAGUUUCAAGCCAGACAAAGGGCAGACCUUCAGAAAAGUGUGGAGGAAUUGAGUCAGAUGCUAUCGGCAGAACUUCCCAGAAAGGUGGGAUUCCCGUGUCAGCUGUGAGACCAAAACCAGUGUGCAUCCAGGAGAAACCUCAGUUCAUUCAGAACAACUGGAGAGAAGUAUAUGUUGCAAUCGCUGACUAUCAGGGAGAUGAGGAAACCAUGGGCUUCCAAGAGGGCAGUUCUGUGGAGGUGCUGGAGCGUAAUCCCAAUGGUUGGUGGUACUGUCAAAUAAUAGAUGGUGGAUGCUCUCGAAAGGGCUGGGUGCCUUCAAAUUAUCUAGAAAAAAAGUACUAAAAUUUCUUUUUAUAUAUAUAAAUAUAUUUUAAUUUAUCGAUGCAAUGAGCAUUUUCUAAUGAAACUGUCAAGCAAACACUGCAAACCCGCAAUGGAAUAAAUGCCGCUAUAUUUCAAGUGCUGAAUUGCUGAGCUAGUGUAUACCAGUGAGACUAUAACUAAAGCUGAUUAAGGAUGUGGAAAGACACCUGUAGAUGACGGGAAUUAUGUAGUCUGUCUGCACACAGUGGGUUCUGGACAUUAAAGUAUCAAAGUGGAGCUGAUUAUUUACAGCUGGACAAAGGCGAGUUGCACUUUCUACAUGCAACAGAGUUACUCAAAAGCCGGACCUUUGAGCAGAGUUGAAUAUUUUAAAUUAAUUAUUAUUGUUUUAUUAUUUACUUUUAACUGAAUAAUCAGGAGUUAUUCUGGACUUUUUCACUGGUGCCUUUAGCAUGCCCAAAGUAUAUAACCUGAGAAGUAACAUUCUUUUUAAUGUGCCAAAAAUAUAAGUUAAUCUGUUCGAAUUUCUUUGACUUGAUGGAAUGGCUUUAAGCUCUCACUGGCUUUUAUGCUGUCAUGUGUUAUGUUGGAGGGGAGAUGAAAGGGAACUAGUAUCAUGCAAUGUCACAGAUGAGAUAGAAACCCCAAUAUUUGGAGGAGUGCAGAGAUGCUAAUUACAUUGGCAAACGUUUCUCAAGGAUGCCAUUUUUAUUGUUUAGUCAUGAGGUUUUUCUGAUUUUUCUCAUAUAGAUUCUAGGCACAUUCAUUAUUUUGCUUCAGUUCAUCAGACCACAAACGCUCUCCAGGAUGACACUAGUAAAGUUAAUAUCUCUUCUAUUGUGGCCCAACAAUACAUAACCCUACUUUUCUACUUCUAGCUUGGAGUGUUAUUAGGGUGACGUUUUCAGCAGAGCUCCUGAUAUUCAGAAAGCAAAUGACCCCAGCAUGCUCUGUCCAUGCCCUUUAUUUGCAUCAAAUCUUUGCAUCAGAGUAUGGAUCUGGGACUAAUAAUUCUUUUGAACAAAUAACAAGAGGAACAUUUCACACUGCUUAAUAAAACACAGAACCUCAGAAAUCUGAGAGAUGAGCUUUAGCUGCAGUUCAUUGGUAUGGGUUUGGUUAUUUAUAAAAUAUUUUAUCCUAGAUUCUUUUUGCAUUACUUCUCUAGAUGGAAGAUCUUUUGUAUAUAGUAUUGUUGCAAGACACUUAAACAAGGACACUAACAACAAACUUGCACCCUCUUUCAGGGGUGAAUGGUGUAGUGAAAGAUGCAGCACUUCCUGCAAUGCACUACAUUACUGACAAAGAAAAAACAAAAUGUGGCUCAGAGCCCCAUGACUGGAUAACCAACACUGCAAUCCACAUUAAACAUGAAGGCACGUGGCCCUGGAUGUUAAAUUCAAUAACUGAAUUACACAUCGGUAUGAUAGUACAUUAAUUUGGUUUCAUGUAUGUUGUCAAAUGUAGCUAUGUGAUUUUCUUUGAAUGGAAAUAAGAGACACCAAUUGAAAAUUACCAUUACUUUGCAGCAGCUCUGAGUGAUAUGUAGGCUAGGAACUUUUAAGCUGAAAGGAUAUAAUGCUUCUUCAUGAACUUGACUAGAUUACUCAGCUAAUAGGAAGAGAAAGUGCUAGAGAAACUCAGCAGAGCUGACAGCAUUUGUGAAAAGUUAACACUUCAUGUUCAAUUGGCUUCUUCAGGACAGUUUUAUUCAACACUAUAUUAUUAAUUGUCGUUUGUUAAAGCUUGUUACUGCCAGCAGUGCUUUACUGCCUCUACAGAUGUACUACUGGAAUGCAAAUUAGUACAUUCACAGUGGAUGGUACAAUCAUUUGGGGACUGAGAAUGGUCCCACUUAUUGGACUAUUGUGUCACACCCAUCUUUUGAAUGUGAGUAGUCUUUUUCGUUGGCAUGUUGUUUGUUCAGGAAUAAAACACUUCUUCAAUAGUGUAA